AAGCGAUCGCGAGAGAGAGAGAAAAAAAAAGCAACCUCCCAAAAUAAAGAGCAAAGAUUGCAUUAGGAGCGAAGAGCGCUGCAGAAAUAGAUGGCAGCUUCGUGUCAUUGACUGAAACAAAACAAAACAAAAGGGCCACUGGAUGUCUGCCUUCUUGGGGGGUGAGCCAGACAGACUGACAAACAAACAGACCCAACUGUGUUCCGGGGAGGGUUUCUCCUCCCGCUUUGCCCGGCAGCAGCAGCAUGGACGUGUUGGCUAGUUAUAGUAUAUUCCAGGAGCUACAACUUGUCCACGACACCGGCUACUUCUCAGCUUUGCCAUCCCUGGAGGAGACCUGGCAGCAGACAUGCCUUGAAUUGGAACGCUACCUGCAGACGGAGCCCAGGAGGAUCUCGGAGACCUUUGGUGAGGACUUGGACUGUUUCCUGCGGGCUUCUCCUCCCCCGUGCAUCGAGGAGAGCUUCCGGCGCUUAGACCCCCUGCUGCUCCCUGUGGAAGCGGCCAUCUGCGAGAAGAGCUCGGCCGUGGACAUUUUGCUCUCUCGGGACAAGUUGCUCUCGGAGACCUGCCUCAGUCUCCAGCCAACCAGCUCUUCUCUGGACAGCUACACAGCCGUCAACCAGGCCCAGCUCAACGCAGUGACCUCAUUAACGCCCCCAUCGUCCCCUGAGCUCAGCCGCCAUCUGGUCAAAACCUCACAGACUCUCUCAGCCGUGGAUGGCACAGUGACGUUGAAACUGGUGGCCAAGAAGGCUGCGCUCAGCUCGGUCAAGGUGGGCGGGGUGGCGACGGCGGCGGCAGCGGUGGCGGCAGCUGGGACAGUUAAGAGUGGACAGAGCGACAGUGAACAAGGAGGGGUCGGGGCCGAGGCAUGCCCCGAAAACAAGAAGAGGGUUCACCGCUGUCAGUUUAACGGGUGCCGGAAAGUUUAUACAAAAAGCUCCCACUUAAAGGCCCACCAGAGGACUCACACAGGUGAGAAGCCUUACAAGUGCUCAUGGGAAGGGUGUGAGUGGCGUUUUGCACGAAGCGAUGAGCUCACGAGGCACUACAGGAAACACACAGGUGCAAAGCCCUUUAAAUGCAACCACUGCGACAGGUGUUUUUCCAGGUCGGACCAUCUUGCCCUCCACAUGAAGAGACAUAUCUAAAAAAAAACCCUAAAGGCCAGAGUUGCCACGACGUCGGCCGUUGUCUGAAGGAAACACCAUGGGGCAGGGGGCUGGACUUCAGGCGGGGCCCCAUCGCCUCGCAGAAGAAAGUUCUCACUUCUACACCUCUGUGUACACACACACACACAGUCACACACUUACACACACGCCGUCACGCACAGACCCCCCCACACACUCACUAUCAUGCACUCAGCUAUAUUUACAAUAUAUACGGCUAUUCUUCAUGCCUUGCCCUAGCCAGACGAUAGAAGAAAACGAAGAAGAAGGAGACCAGGUGAACUCAGCAAGGCAGACUGGCUGCUCACUGCAGCACUAUUGGAAUUAUUUCCCACUGUGGCCAAUGGAAAUCAAAGCAAAUGGACGUGACGUUUCUGCAGGUGGACAGCCGUAAGAGGGGCUUAUCUCUAACUUGCUUCUCAGUGCAACUUGAUAGGAGAACCAACGUCUUAAAGUUGCAUAUGUGUAGCACUGUUCCUUUUUAAAUAGUUGGGGGAAAAUGACCUAGACAACCAAAUUGCAGUUUGGUAGCCAAAAUUAACUCUUGGUUUAUUUGUCCUUUGUGUGUGAAAAGUCCUACUAUUCCGUGCGUCCGACUUCCUCAAAGAACUGUUGAUCAGUUUGGGUUCUUCUUAGCACCACUGAGAUCUUUCCAGUCGAUACCAACGGCCUUAGCGGCGACAGACUCUGGAAUACACCUUACACCUUUCUGGCCUGCAUUUCUCUAGACUUCACUCUUAAGGGAGGAGUUUUCUUUUCUUACUUUUUGACUCUUGCACACCAUAUGCACUAGGGAUUCUGGAAACUUCUAGCAUGACUGCAAAAGUGGCCAAGAGAAUAAAGUCCUUGAUGAUAAAUCACAGUCUAUCCCUUGAGCCUCACCUAUUGCCAGUGCUAGAUUUUUUUCUUUUUAAUCUCUCUGUUUUUGCUAAUGAAAACUUGAAAAGCUUAUUUGGAAGCUUAAAUGUUUUAUCUUUUCUCCAUGGACUAAACCUCACCAGGACUCUCUCUCUCAGCACCUGGAUGUCCAGCUCUCAAAGCAGCCAAUCAGAUGGGACAUCACAGUUCUCUCAUCCCCUUGAGGCAUCAUGACCUCAGCUCGUAGUGGUCAACCCCGUGCUGUGUGUCAUUGCUGCCCUGUAUCCAGUUUCAGCAUAGAUGUUGCUAGUCUCAAAGGGCAGCUGCAUAUUGAACCUAACUCUGGGUUAUGACCUGACAAAAAGCCAAAAAUAUCACUCUUUCCAGGAGUGGGGAAAGUGGAAGAUGCCUCCCAAGUCUAGUGACUUCAGAAACAUCAUCUAUCUUCCUCUCUCAUGCCCACUGAGCUCAUGUUACUCCACUUGUUAAAACACACAAUUCAGAAAUGCCGUUGUGGGAAUGAAGGGUGGACAUUUAAGGAAAGGGUUGAGAUGUUUCUCUAACCGUCUAUGUAAAAGGAGAGACAUAUUUCUAAUUUAUUUUCUGGCUAGGCCCUUCAUGACUUGUGACCUAGAGCACCCAGGAUCAACAGAGGCCUCACGCUUACUCUGCAAACUGACUCCGAAGGGGUUCCAUUCCUUACUUUUCACCCCCACACAUCCAAUAUCGGUCUCUAUCAACCCGCAUUCUUAGCUAGCUGGCACUGGCCUCAACUCCAAAGACUGCCUUUAGGACCAUUACAUGGCCUAUGCAAGCAAGCGGGGUGGUUAUUAGGACAGAUUGUAUAUUUUGUAUAUUCUGGGACCAUCCCUUCAAGACACGUCUAAAAAAACAAAAAUGGCACUUGGUCCACACAUGGUUGCUGCUCCUUCAUACCAGCUGGCACCCCCCCUGCCCUCCUUUGACUGUUUGACUCGUUGACUGUUAAAAUGCCACCCCAUACCUAUUUGGGAUGCAAAACUGAAGUCUUUAAAAGGAAAUAAUAUAAGAAUCACAAAUACAUUUAUGACAGCAACCUUCAAGAUCCUUGGCAUUUGGUUUCUCAGCUUUCUGCAACCUUUGGUUUCACUGAAAUGUUGAAUCUACUCAUCUGAGGGUAAAGGAGUCUCCUUGUCACAGAGGUUGUAGCUGCCAAUUGGACACAUGGGGCAUUCUGAGGUCUGGCCCUUAACCUUUACUUUCUCCUUUUCCUUUUUUCAAUUUAGACCAAAAA